AUGGUCAGAGAUUAUAGUGAACAGUUGAAGAACGCAGUGGAGAAGGCAACGGAUGCGACGUUGUUGGCGGACAAUUGGCAGUUUAUUCUUGAUGUUUGUGACUUGGUUGGUGAAGAACCGGAAGAAGGUUCAAAACAAGUUAUUCAAUUGGUUUCCACAAGGUUGGGUCAAAGAGAUGCUAAUGUUCAAUUGAGAUCACUAAGUUUACUCACUUCGAUUGCUGAGAAUUGUGGUUCAAGAGUUAAACAGGAAAUUGCCACUAGAGGAUUCACUUCAAUAUUGUUGAAUAAGUUAAGAGAACCCACAGUACAUAAGGAAAUUAAAAUCAAGAUUGUCCAAGUUAUCAAACAAUUAUCUGAUUCAUUUGCAAAUGAUCCUUCACUGAGACCUAUCCAAGAUGCUAAUAACGAGGUGGAAAAGUUUUAUUCACAAUAUUUCCCUCCUGAUAAACCUCAAAAGAGAAAUUUAGAUAAUGAUCGUAUUAAAGAAGAAGAAGAUUUGAAAGCUGCUAUUGCAUUAUCCCUAAGUGAAAAUAAUCAAGCUUCAAUUCCAACUCAACAAGAUAUUCAACAACAACAACAGCAACAACAGCAACAACAACAACAAGCUCCAGUUCAACAACCUCCACCAAUCUCAAAAGCACAACCUUCAUUCUCUAGGGUCCGUGCUCUAUAUGAUUCAUUUAGUCAAGAUCCUGCAGAUUUACAUUUCCGUAAAGGUGAUAUAAUUACAGUAUUAGAUCGUGUUUAUAAAGAUUGGGGGAAAGGUUCAUUACGUGGAGAAAUUGGUUUAUUUCCUUUUAAUUAUGUAACUCCAUUAUAUGAUCCAACUCCUGAAGAAUUAAAAUUAGAAGUUGAAAAAGAAACUUUAAUAUUAAAUCAAUCAAGAAAGGUUGAAAAAUUAUUAACUUUAUUAACCCAGAAUCAAGGUCAAGAUGACUUGUUAUCAUCAAAUGAAUUUCAAAAAUUAUAUCAAGAAACUAUUAUAAUUAAACCUGAAUUAGGUGGAUUAAUUGAAAAAUAUAGAAUUAGAAGAGAUGAAUUAUUAGAUUUACAUGGGAAAUUAAAAGAUGCAUCAAUUAAAUAUGAAAAUUUAACUGAUCCAUUAAAAAGACAAUAUUCUCAACCUCCUCCAACAAGUUUUAAUCAAUAUUCACAAGUUCCAUUACCUCAAUCACCACAAGUUCAACAAGUUCCACAAUCUAAUUCAUCAAAUUCCAUUCCACAAGUAACACAAUCACCACAAAUUCCACAAUCAACAGGUCAACCUUCAUAUCAAUCAGGAAAUCCAUUCCCACAAUAUCAAAAUCCUCAAACAACAGGAUAUCAAUCACAACAAAAACCACAAACAACAGGGUAUCAACAACAACAAUCACAACAACAACAACCACCACAAGUACCACUAUCAGCGCAACAAUCAGGAUAUCAAUCACAAGUACCACCACCACAACAACCACCACAAGGAUUAAAUUCUAAUGGAAUUCCACCAAUACCUCAAUCAAGUUCAUUAGCUCAAAGUUUACAACAACAAUCUCAACCAUACAAUUCAAGACCUCCAUAUCCUCAAUAUUGA